CAGUAUUUUUUUCAUUACGCUCUUUAGUAGGUUUAUUACUGUUUAUGAUUUGUAGGAAAUAAGGUGAAUAAUGUAGAUGUUGUCUAUACUCCAUGGUAUAAUUUGAAGAAGACUCCUUCAAUGGAUGUUGGGCAGGUUGGGUUUCACAAUUCUAAAAUGGUCCGUACCGUGAGAGUUGAGAAACGUGUAAAUGAGAUUGUCAACAGACUGAAUAAGACAAAAGUGGAGAGGAAUCCAGAUUUGAAAGCUGAGCGUGAAGCUGUCAAUGCAGCAGAAAGAGCUGAAAAGAAGCAGCUAUUAAGAGAAAAGAAGCGCCGCGAAGAGAUGGAAAGGCUGGAAAAGGAGAGGCAGUCAGAGCUAAGGAGCUACAAGGGACUUAUGGUUUCAGAGAAGAUGACUUCCAACAAGCAAAUUGCAUCAACCAAUAAAUCCCUGCAAGAACUGGAGGAAGACUUCAUGUAGAUUCACCAAACUUAAACAUGGAUUUACUGCAGGGAACUGGGUCGAUCUCAAGAAGCUGCAAUUGAGUAAUGGAUCAAAGGAAAAAAAAAAAAUUUCUUCCACAUUUUGAAUCUCUGUUGAUGAUACCCUGAAGUUUCUCUUGUAUUGUGAAACAAACAAUGAAAGAAAGAAAGGGAGCUAUUAGCCCAUGACAUCAUUCUACGUUGGCUAGUUGUUUGAGGUCUUGUAAAACUUAAGUCCUUAUCCUUAUUUUUGGAAAAUUAAUGUGUGAGACUUGAAGUUUUUCUGGCUUGUUGA